UCAGGAGAGUCGUCCUGGCGUCCUCGACCGUGUAGAAAAAAGCUUUUUGGGCUGUUGCUCUGGAUUUUUUACGGGUGCACUGGUUAUAGUUAAAAGGCUUAAAACAAUCCUGGCUAUUUAUAAGGUUGGAGAGUUUUGUCCUUCCUUGACGGCUGAACACUGGCUGGACUUGAGGCUGCAAACGAGUAACGCUCGAUAUGCAUAUUCUUGGCGUUCUUGUGCUAAUGUUGUGUCAGCUAUCACGGGCUUUUCCUGUUCCAGUAGAUACCGUCAUAGUUCAGGUCCAGCAGUGGGGAGUGGUGGGUGCUCAGCGGGUCGAGAAGCAGGUUCUUCUCAAUGGAGUCUUUCUCACUGGCACAGGCCAGGAAUUCAGCAGCAUUAUCCAAACCAUUUUGGCUGAUGUACUCCUUCCGACUCUAAUCACUGGCAACCAGACUUCAGCGCUGAGAAACCACACUUUUCUUCGCUCUCGUGAAUGCAUACUGGAGGGGUCUCAGCUACACUGGAAUGACCGUGUUUUCUAUGAUGGAAAGGUCUAUCUGACUCUGGACCACAAUGACGCAUGGAUAGCCCAUGUACCACGAGCAUUGGCCCUCAAACUGUUGUGGGACCAGGAAGUGCAGCACACAAGGACAGAAAGGAUCCGCCUUCAGGAGGGAUGCAUCAAGCUAAUGAGGGAAUUGAAGCUUUCGCAGGGACAGUCAGUUCCAGGGAUUGCUUUGCCUCAGGUUCUGAUCCCAGUCUUGGCAGUACUGGCUUUUACCGGCUUAAUAAUAAUCAGCCUCCUCCUCUCCAAAAACCAGGGUUUGAGGCACCCUGGAGGUGUUAUUGGCUCAAUAAUACAUUACCCUAAGGACAUGACUGAAAAGGAUCCAGAAAUAAAAGACAGUGGUUAUCGUACCUUGUAAAUCAAAGCUCCAGCUGAAAUACAGGCUCAUGUUUGAACUUUCUACUGUUUCUACUGUUGAAUGUCCACUUAGUCAUUUAACUUUAAAUCACUGUAAUGAACCAGUCUGAAUUUCAGAAUACAUUAUUAUAUGCACUUUAACAUGCAUGCAUCACACUUGACACUGGUGCUUUUAUUGCGUAUAUUUUUUUCUAUUAAUGCACACACACAGAAAUUUAGGUAUGUUAACUGCCUGCAACAGUGUACAAGUUUUUUGCACAAUUAAUAACUAAGGGCAGAUGUUUUCAGCAGAUAUAUUCAACUACACAAAAUAUGUGGAAAUAUAUAAUGGAAAGAUUCUAUUUCAAGUUUAUGCAGUAUCUAAUGCAAUCUAAGACUGAGAAUGUAACAAAAUGUCUUAGUCUGUAGAUAAAGCCCUGCUGAAAUCAAGCAUUCUGUUUUGCCCUCAGACCAAUCACAGUGAAACUCUGCCAAACACUGGAUGGACUGUGUCCAUUUAUCCAAAGAGGCUGAAUGUUUUGUGUUGUUUGGUUUGAAAAACUUUCCUUAUGUUGUCAAGUUCCUGAUACUGUAUAUUGUUGUGAUUGUCUGUCAGUAUGUUGUUUCCUAUUGCGUGUUCAUUUAAAAUUUGAAGGCAUGUUUAAUUAAAGAUACUUUUAUAGCAUG